AUGUCAUCUAUUUCUUCUUCCAUGCCAUUUGCUACUAUUUCCAUUCACAUCUAUCUAUCUAUCUAUCUAUCUAUCUAUCUAUCUGAGUCAAAAAGCCUUCAUAUUUCUCUUUCUAUGUGCUAUUCCUCCAUCCAUUGUCGUACUCAUUCCUCUAUCCAUUACAGUACUCAUUCCUCCAUCCAUUGUCGUACUCAUUCCUCCAUCCAUUGUCGUACUCAUUCCUCCAUCCAUUACAGUACUCAUCCCUCCAUCCAUUGUAGUACUCAUUCCUACAUCCAUUGUCGUACUCAUUCCUCCAUCCACUGUAGUACUCAUUCCUCUAUCCAUUGUAGUAAUUAUUCCUACAUCCUUUAUGGUACACAUUCCCCCAUCCAUUUGAGGUAUUUAUUCCUCCAUUCAUUGUGGUACUCAGUCCUUCUUCGAUUACAGUACUCAUUCUUUCAUCCACUCUGGUACUCACUUCCUCAAUCUCUUGUGGUAUUCAUUCUUCCUUGCAUUAUUUUACCCAUUCCUCCAUCCAUUGGGAAACUCAUUCCUCCAUCCAUUUCUUUUCGUUAUCUAUCUAUCUAUCUAUCUAUCUAUCUAUCUUUCUAUCUCAGUCUGUACAGUAUUGGUGAUAAGAUAAAUCCAGCUAAACACACCCAUCAUUAA